ACCAGUAGGAACAGGUGGAUAGAAGAUGGUGCUAAGAAUAAUGUUCCCAAGGACUUUCUCCAAAAGGCUAGUUCUGGUCUUGACUAUCCAAGUUAUUCUGGUCAUUUUUAUCAAGGGAAUCAUCCACAAAAUAAAGAUAAAAAGACAUCACAGAAAGCAGAAUGUUUUGUCUCCUUCCUUGCAAGAUAAUACAACACACAGGUCUUUUGAGAAGAUGACUGUUUAUGAUCUAGAUAAUUUUAUAAGAAACUCUGUGACAGAACCGAAGAUAGAGCAGUCAAAGAAUAUCACCAGAGAAACUAUAAAGCUACAGGUUGGAAAGAAUCAUAUGCAAUCAUUGGAACCCAAGACUAGAAAGAAGGCACAAUCCAAACGUUUGAGUGAACUUUAUCCAGAUUCAGAACUUUUCCGUAACUGGGGUGAAGGCCUGUCAGAGUCCCAGCAGACCAAGGCUCAGAGCCUUUUCAUGAAGUUUGGUUACAAUGUUUAUCUAAGUGACCAGUUGCCUCUGAAUCGAUCUUUCAAAGAUGGUCGCAAUCCCAGGUGUCUUGAAAAGACAUAUCCUCAUCAACUUCCAACUGUCAGUGUCAUUCUCACAAUUAUGAAUGAAGCAAUGUCAGUUAUACAACGUGCCAUCAACAGCAUCAUCCACCAGACCCCUUCCCAUCUGCUGAAGGAACUCAUCCUGGUAGAUGACUUCAGUUCAAAUGAUGAACUAAAGAAAAAAUUGAGUGAACAGAUCCAGCUUUACAACCUCAAGUACCCCAGGCUGCUAAAACUGAUCCGUCACACCAAGAGGCAGGGGCUCACUCAAGCCCGUAUCUCUGGCUGGAAAGCUGCUAAAGCGGAUGUGGUCGUUAUCUUAGAUGCUCAUGUUGAAGUGAAUGUUGGUUGGGCAGAGCCCAUCCUAGCAAGGAUCCAGGAAGACCGGACUGUGAUUGUGUCACCAACAUUAGGCAAAAUUCAUUUUGAUACCUUGGAAGUGGAACAUUAUCCUUUAGCUUCUAUUGGAUUUGAUUGGGCCCUCUGGUGCCUUUAUGAGCCUGUUCCAAAAAGCUGGCUUUUAUUGAUGGAUAAAACUGCACCAAUGAAGAGUCCUUCUAUCAUGGGAAUCUUUGCUGCAGACAGACUGUUCUUGAAAGAGAUUGGAUCCCUUGAUAAUGGAAUGGAAAUCUAUGGAGGAGAAAAUGUGGAACUAGGCCUGAGGGUGUGGCAGUGUGGAGGAAAGAUUGAGGUCCUUCCCUGUUCUCGGAUUGUUCACCUGGAGAGAGCCUUCAAGCCCUAUGCUUGGGAUGUUAGGCAAUUCAUGAAGCGUAAUGCUCUUCGUGUGGCUGAAGUUUGGAUGGAUAAUUACAAAUUCAUGGUUUACUAUUACUGGAAUCUUCCUUUGAAGAACCAUGGCAUAGACUAUGGAGACGUGUCUUCCAGAAAGGAACUCAGGAAGAAACUGAAUUGUCGAAGUUUUGACUGGUACCUUAAAAAUGUUUAUCCAUCUCUAAAGCCAAUACAAAACGUUGUCGGUUACGGAAGAAUGAAAAAUGCUUUGGACAACAAUUUCUGCAUUGAUCAGGGACCUGUGUCAGGAAAAACUCCAAUCAUGCAUUUUUGCCACGGGUAUGAAUCACAGGUUGCAUUCUACUUUCUAACUGGAGAGCUGUGCCUGGGACUGUUAUAUAAUGAUAGGUUCUCCAAAAAAUGGUGCCUUGUGGAUCCCAGCCAAGGGCUUGAGCCAAAAUUAGCAGCAGGCUCUAAUGUGAAAUAUAAAAAAAUGCAUACACAUUGGGAUUUUAAACAGGGGGCAGCUAUCAUCAACAGGGACACCAGAAGGUGCCUGGAAAUGCAGGAAGAUGCCACAAAAUUCUAUAUCCUCAUCCUCCGGGAGUGUACAGGACAACUGUGGAACAUUGACCAUAUUGUCAGAGACUGGGUCAGUACGGAGAAUAGCAAGUGACUUGAUCCAAGAGAAUCUAAAUUGGUGGUACUAGCUCUGGCAUUUGGAAGGAUAAUGUCAGAUCCUGAAAGUGUUCAAAGAUGGGUGCUCAUCAUGUCUAUAAACAAGGGCAAUUUUUGAAUACCCAAGUUAUAGAGAGUGAAUGUUAUAAAUUCAAAUAGAUUAUGCAACUUGGUAGAUCUAAUUAUGAAGAAGUGGGACUUUUCAAGGACAAGGAAGAGAAUACUAUGACAAAUUGUUUCUACCUUCUUCAGCAAAACUCCCAUUGGCAGUUAUCUCUUUUUGAAGUUUCUUGAAAUAAACACUAUCUAGAUGCAAAGUGUUUGUGUCUGUUGGUAGAAGGGGAGGACAAAAAUGACAGUGUGGGCAUUUAUGUUUGGGUCUUAAUAAUGUUGUUUAGCCAACAAUUUCUGUAUUUACCCUAUUUACUAAUUUUCUCCAUAACUUCCCUUUCUUGUAUCCCCAAAAAGCAGUCCAGUGCUCUUGGUGCUUUUCUGUAUGACUUGAGAAAUUCUAUUCUCAUACGUCAGGUGAAACUGUAUUCAGAUGAUCUUUGUAAAUAAAAUUCUCAAAAGGAUUUUCUCUUGACAGCAAAGAUUCUCUUCCAUUCCCUCCUUUUUUAUAUUUGAAAUUGUUGUAUAUAGAAAUAUGCCAUGUAAACCAUACUCUUCUAAUCACCACUUUAAUCUGUAUUUAUCAGACUGCUUUUCUCUAGCCACUCUCUAGACCAGGUAAAUGCUCUAGUAAAUGCAAAAACAUCAUGGUAUUGAGUCAGAGAGUUAAACCAGAAGAUCUAGGAUGAGCGCUAACUUCCUUUCAUUUUAAUGUGCCUUAAACUAGGGCUUAUCUGUGAAGUGAUGGGUUGAUCUGAAAUCUGGGUUGGUGGAGAGUGUUUUCACACCACAAAGUGCCCAUCAUUAUGAAACUACAGAUCUUUUGAAUAUUUUUAUUAUCUAUUUGGAGCGUGGAGAUAUAACUUUGUAUCUUUGGUGCCUAGCAUAGUAAAAAGCACUCGAUAAA